UUCACGAGGUUUUUCCUUUCUCGACUCCGUGUUGAAGCGGGUUACUGCCUCGCCCGGAUGGACUGGUGAAAUUGGUCAAAUUCACCAAAGUCAGCCGAUCCUAAGUUUCGCUAAUACGCCACCGACAUGCCGGCCUAUUUUCAACGCCCGGAGAAUGCUCUCAAACGAGCAAACGAGUUCUUGGAGGUUGGCAAGAAGCAGCCAGCCUUGGAUGUUCUCUACGAUGUCAUCAAAAGCAAGAAGCAUCGAACAUGGCAGAAGAUCCACGAGCCCAUCAUGCUCAAGUACCUGGAGCUCUGCGUGGAUCUCCGCAAGAGCCACCUGGCGAAAGAGGGCCUGUACCAGUACAAGAACAUCUGCCAGCAGGUGAACAUCAAGUCUCUUGAGGAUGUGAUUAGGGCGUACCUGAAGCUCGCCGAAGAGAAGACUGAGACCGCCAAGGGGGAGUCCCAGCAGAUGGUUCUGGACAUCGAGGACCUGGACAACAUCCAGACCCCCGAGAGUGUGCUCCUGAGUGCGGUCAGUGGAGAGGACACCCAGGACCGUACCGACCGUCUGCUGCUCACCCCCUGGGUGAAGUUCCUGUGGGAGUCCUACAGGCAGUGUCUGGAUCUGCUGAGGAACAACUCCAAGGUGGAGCGCCUCUACCAUGACAUCGCCCAGCAAGCCUUCAAGUUCUGCCUGCAGUACACCCGCAAGGCUGAGUUCCGCAAGCUCUGCGACAACCUGCGCAUGCACCUGGGCCAGAUCCAGCGCCACCACAACCAGAGCACCGCCAUCAACCUCAACAACCCCGAGAGCCAGUCCAUGCACCUGGAGACCCGUCUGGUCCAGCUCGACAGCGCCAUCAGCAUGGAGCUGUGGCAGGAGGCCUUCAAGGCUGUGGAGGACAUCCACGGGCUCUUUGCUCUCUCCAAGAAGCCCCCAAAGCCCCAGCUGAUGGCCAACUACUACAACAAGGUGUCCACUGUCUUCUGGAAGUCCGGAAACGCUCUCUUCCACGCCUGCACCCUCCACCGCCUCUACCACCUCUCCCGGGAGAUGCGCAAGAAUCUCACCCAAGAGGAGAUGCAGAGGAUGUCCACCAGAGUCCUGCUGGCCACGCUGUCCAUCCCCAUCACCCCCGAGCGCACCGACAUCGCCCGGCUGCUGGACAUGGACGGCAUCAUCGUGGAGAAACACCGCCGCCUGGCCACCCUGCUGGGGCUGCAGUCCCCCCCCACCCGCCAGAGCCUCAUCAACGACAUGGUGCGGUUCAACCUGCUGCAGUACAUCCUACCAGAGGUCAAAGAGCUGUACAACUGGCUGGAGAUGGACUUCCACCCCCUGAAGCUGAGCGGAAGAGUCACCAAGGUGUUAGACUGGGUGAGGGACCAGGCCGAGAAGGAGUCGGACCUGCAGCAGUAUGUUCCUCAUCUGCAGAGUAACACCAUCCUCCGGCUCUUGCAGCAGGUGGCCCAGAUCUACCAGAGCAUCGAGUUCAGCCGCCUGGCCUCCCUGGUCCCCUUCGUGGACGCCUUCCAGCUGGAGCGCUCCAUCGUGGACGCCGCCCGCCACUGUGACCUGCAGGUUCGUAUCGACCACUCCACUCGAACUCUGCGCUUCGGGUCGGACCUGAACUACUCGACCAAAGAGGACUCCCCGGUCGGGCCCUUCCUGCAGAACAUGCCCUCGGCGCAGAUCCGGAACCAGCUCACCGCCAUGUCCUCCUCGCUAGCCAAGGCCAUCCAGAUCAUCAGGCCUGCCUCCAUCCUGACGGAGCGCGAGGAGCAGAGCCAGCUGGCCAUUGCCGCCUACCUGAAGAACGGCCGCAAGGACCACCAGCGCAUCCUGGCCCGCCGGCAGACCAUCGAGGAGCGCAAGGAGCGCCUGGAGAGCCUGAACAUCCAGAGGGAGAAGGAGGAGCUGGAGCUGCGCGAGGCGGAGCAGCAGAAGGUGCGCAAGGCGGAGGAGGAGCGCCUGCGGCAGGAGGCCAAGGAGCGCGAGAAGGAGCGCAUCAUGCAGGAGCACGAGCAGAUCAAGAAGAAGACGGUGCGGGAGCGCCUGGAGCAGAUCAAGAAGACGGAGCUGGGAGCCAAGGCCUUCAAGGACAUCGACAUCGAGGAUCUGGAGGAGCUGGACCCCGACUUCAUCAUGGCCAAGCAGGUGGAGCAGCUGGAGAAGGAGAAGAGGGAGCUGCAGGAGCGGCUGAAGAACCAGGAGAAGAAGAUCGACUACUUUGAGCGGGCCAAGCGACUGGAGGAGAUCCCCCUCAUCAAGCAGGCCUACGAAGAGCAGCGCAUCAAGGACAUGGAGCUGUGGGAGCUGCAGGAGGAGGAGCGGAUCAGCAACAUGAAGGUGGAGCGGGAGAAGGCUCUGGAGCACAAGCAGCGCAUGUCCAGGAUGAUGGAGGACAAGGAGAACUUUGUGUCCAAGAUCACCGCAGCACGCAGCUUCAUCUACGAGGAAAAACUCGCGGCAUUCCAGGAGCGCGUGGUGGAGGAGAAGAAGAAGCGUCUGGAAGACCGGAAGCGGCAACGCAAGGACGACCGCCGCACCGCCUACUACCGGCAGAAGGAGGAGGAGGCCCAGCGCAUCCACGAGGAGUCUCUCAAGAAAGAACGGGAGGAGCUUGAGCGCAUCGAGCAGGAGCAGCGCGAGGAGGAGGAGCGCGAGUACCAGGAGAAGCUGCAGAAGCUGGAGGAGCAGGAGAGGAAGCAGCGCGCCCGUCAGCAGGAGAUCGAGGAGCGCGAGCACCGCCGCGAGGAGGAGAGGCGCGUUCCGGAGGAGAAGCCCGCCACCAAGCAGGACUGGGGUGACAAAGAGGAGAGCGCCACCGCGGCGGCCGGAGGCGGCGGCGGCGGUGGAGGAUGGAGGAAGCGCACGGAGGCGGCGGGCGGCGGUGGCGGCGGCGGCGGCAGCAGCGGCGGCGGCAGCGGGGGCGGAGACUCGGAGUGGCGCCGUGGGGCCCCUGACAGGGAGAGGAAGCCGGAGGGCCGUGACGAGGAGCGGGAGGACCGCCCCCUGCGCCGCGCCGCCGCCGACGACCGCGGGCUGCGCCGCGCCUUCGACGACGAGCGGACGAUGCGCCGCGGCGCCGACGAGGAGCGGGCGCCGCCGCCGCGCAGGGCGCCGGACGAGGAGCGUGGGCCCUGGAGGGCCGCGGCCGCGGCGGAGGAGGACCGCCCCGCCAGGAGGGCCUUCGACGACGACCGUCCCCCCCGCCGGGGGGCCUUCGAGGACGAGCGGGGCCCCCCCCGCCGCGGAGCCGAGGACUCCAGGCCCCGCCGGGAUGACGACUGGGGCCCCCGCAGGGGCGCGGACGACGGGCCGCGGCGGGGCGCGGACGACGGCACGCCCUGGAAGCCCCUGGCGAAACCUGUUGUACCAUCAGGAGGAGGCUGGCGGGAGCGGGAGAAGGCCCGGGAGGAGAGCUGGGGACCGCCGCGUGACGGGGGCGCUGACGACACCGCGGAGGCUGAGGAGAAGCCCAGAGAGCGCCGCCCACCUCCACCAAGAGAGGAGGCCAGCGCCUGGAGGAGGGGGGGCACGGAGGAGACCAGCAGCUGGAGGGGCCGCACCGAGGAGGCGGAGCGCGAGGAACGCCAGGAACGCCGCGUCAUCGAGCCACGCCGCGAUGAGCCGCGCCGGGAGCGCGAGACGAGGCCUGCGCCCAGAGACGACGAAGGGAGCCUGUGGCGGCGCGGCGGAGACGACAAGCGGGAGGAGCGCGAGAAGCCCAGGGAGCGCGAGGUGGUGCGAGAGGCCGAGGGGGAGAAGGCGGCCUGGCGUAGCAGCGCCGCCGCCGCCGUCGCCCCGGCCGCCGCCGCCGCUCCUGCCGCCGCCGCUCCUGCCGCCGUCGCCGCCCCCCCCGCCGAGAAGGAGCCCCAGCGCCCCGUCAAGAAGGAAGAGGCCCCCGAGGACGACGACGGCUGGACCACCGUCCGCCGCUGAGCCGCUGAGCCACAUGACGGCUGGUCGCUGCUCACAGACGGCCCCCCCUGGCCCCCCCGCGGCCCCCCGUGGACCCCAGGGGCCCGCGGGCACACUGGUGGCAAAGCUUUUGUACAACCCCAUUCUCA